AUGGAGUUAGCACGACUGGAACGCCAAAGAAGGUUAACCAGCGCAAGGCCUAACAGGGAAGCAUCAAAAGUCACCAAGUCCCUACUAGAUAGCGAAGAAAUCCAUGUAGGAUUGGCCAUGGAUAAAUCAGAUGAUUUACAUGGAGAGAAUGAGGAAAAGACAGCCAAAGUUGCGUUUGAAAAAGAAUUCACUGAAUUGGAGCGAAAUGCGAUGAAGAGCACUAUCAACAAUGAUCAAUAUCACUUGGAGCAAAAGUCCUUCCCCAUUGCUGAUACUCUUUUGCGGGGGCAGGUCAUGACACCUACGGUGCCACGAGCAAAGUUUCCGACAGCUGUUUUUGAAGGCACGGACAUAAUAGAGGUACGAUCAAAUCCGACUGCCAUACAAUCUGAGGAGAAUGAAAAGUUCUCCUCCACUUCGUGUUCUUACUACUUCGUAUUCCGUUACUUGUUGCUGGUUCCACUGUCUACAGCCUUUCGCCAUCGCCUCCCGUCAAGAGCACUGGACAUCCACACUGCCGACGCGACUCGUUACUCACCAAAUCCCGCUACGAGAUCCAGACAAACGCCACCUCGACAACGCUCUGUAUUCACAUAUGUAUCGGUCUUGGUCAUCGCUGUGCAAUGGUUUACCCAGCUGUUCUCUCUGCUAUUCCUAUCCACUGUUUACUUUUUCGCUGUAUUCUCCUCUAAAGGUUUUCGCACAAUCUCCUUGAGAAAUGUAAAGAUUGCCAACUGUUCUAUAAUAUCGCUCGGACUACUGCUAUCUGUACCCUUUUUGACGAAAUAUUGUGGGUACAAAUAUUAUCUGCAAGGCCAUUACUGGUACUUCGAUUUUGAGAAACCUUACACGUAUAUCUACGCAAAAGUGAAUGUAGCGUUGCAGGGUAUAUGUGUAGCCACAGUAAUCGCUGCCGAUACAGCGAUUAUGUGGAAGGUGAUUCAGAUUCGAUCUCAUGUAACAAUUCGUAAUCCACUGUCAAUUGUUUCUGGAGGGCAAUCAAUGCGGCUCACUUACGGACGAGAGGCUCGGCUUGCGCUAAACUUUGUGAUGCUGAGCGCCUGCUUUUUGAUUAUGACUGUAAGCUACAAUGUAAUCCUCGGAGAUGGUAUGUGGCGGGACAUUAUCACAAAGUUUACCUUACUUCUCAACCUGGCUAAAUUGGCUAUAUACGCGCUUGAAACGCCAGCCAUCCGCUACGAGAUUAUUAACUUAUUUGGAUGUUGCAAAAGAAUAGAAGUUUGCGCAUGA